AUGUCAGAUGCAGCUGCACCAAGUGUGCCGAGCGCAGAUAUCGCUGCUCUUGCUGAUCUCUUCAAAAAGCAGAUGGAGGCAGCCAAUGAGCGAGAGAAGCGUCUCGAUGCAAUUAUCACUGGUCUUACUCAACAGAGUCAGCCUCGCUCGUCGCCAGCACCGCCAGCUCCAAAGCCUGUCGCGGCGGAGCGACCCAUGCUGCUGUCCUCCGCGUCCCUGUCAGAGUUUGCUGCCUGGCAGGAACUGUGGGAAGUCGACUUCUCUCGGUGCCAGCACCUGACAGCACAGUCAAGGGAAACCAGGGUAUCUGCCAUCCGUCAGUGCCUUGACGAAGACCUCAGACGUUUCAUCAGGGAGGGCACCAUUGUCAUCGCGACCAAUCCUGAUGCGUGUGACGUCUUGGAGGCGGUCAAGCAGUUUCUUCGCCGACAAAGAAACCCGAUACUUGACCGAAUUGAAUUUUAUAAGCGCACGCAACAGAAAGGGGAAUUGUUUGACGGGUUCCACACUUCCCUGAAGGAGUUGUUUAACACGUGUGGUUUUGUGGAACACGAGCUCUGUUCUGCCUGUUCGGCACGUGCCUGUUCUACGUGCAAAACUAAUCUUGCACGGGUCCACGCGGACAUGAUGCGAGACCGCAUUGUGAUCGGUAUCCUGGACGACACCACCCGUCACAAACUGUUGUCCACCUCCGACCUGACAUUGGAGGCGACAGUCAAGGUGUGUCGUGCAGAAGAGGCAGCCACACAGACCAGCCACCACAUCCCUACCGCCGGCCAAGUCAAUGCUGCCAGGAAGUCGUCUUAUCAGCGCGCGAAGUUAGCUUCACAGCCCCCAGUUCAGGCGAAGCACACUUCUGCUCGUGAUAAGUGCCGUAACUGCGGACGCACAGCGCACACGAAAUCGCCGUGUCCCGCGAUCAACAAAGUGUGCCUUAACUGUAAUGGAACGGGUCACUUCCGGGCAAUGUGCCGCAGGCCUGCCAAGAAGCCGGACAAGUCGUCCAAGAUCGCACACUUGCGACUCAACCGAGCAUCUCUGUUGGACGACGCAACAGUUUCCGUUGCCACCCAGCUUGUGACCGAGCCAGAGCCCGUAGCUCUUAGUUGGCUCCCGGAUACUGGUAGCGACGUUGAUGCCAUCGGCACUCAACACCUUGACCAGUUAGGCGGAUUUGUCGAGAACCUGCUUGACGACAUCGACGAUGUUCGUACCGCAGAUGGCGCCAGUCUCACCCCUGUUGGCAAGAUUUCGGCGACUCUCAGUUGUGGACCAAACCAGCACACGUCCACCAUUCAUGUCUAUGAUGGUUUGACUGAUGCCCUCCUAUCCCGUUCAUCCUUGCACGCCCUAGGAUACUUGCCGUCCGGCUGGCCGAAGCAAAUCGCAGCAGUCCAACAGGUAGUCCCAUCGGUCGUUCCCGAUGCACCUGCGGACAAGGUUGUGUCCAAAGCCACCGACUCAGAGACGAUGAGAGCCGAACUCCUAGCUGAAUUCGCUGACGUCUUUGAUGACUCUGUGUUGAAGCCAAUGCUUGGUGGACCUAUGGAAAUAAGAGUGCGAGCUGAUGCUAAGCCUGUCGCUGCAUAUCAUGCCCGCCAGAUCCCGCAUGCGUACCGUGACCAAGUGAAGUCCCAGCUGGAUGACAUGGUCCGGGAUGCCAUCAUCGAGGAGGUCACCGAACCCAGUGCGUGGUGUCACCCAAUUGUCAUCGUGGACAAGAAAGGGACAAACGAGAAGAGGCUCACCGUUGAUUUCAAAAAGCUCAACGACCAAGUCGAACGCCCUGCUCACCCCGCACCAAGCCCUCGUGACGCUGUAUCCAGCGUUGGCAACGCAAGAUAUUUCACCAAGCUAGACGCCCGCCACGGCUAUUGGCAAGUUCCUCUGAGCGAGGCCUCCCGUCCGUUGACCACGUUCAUGACACCUUGGGGUCGGUACAGGUACCUACGCAACCCACAAGGAUUGGUCUCUGCCGGAGACGAGUUUAAUCGCCGCACCGACGCCGCGUUCGCUCAUAUCUCCCAGUUCCAGAAGGUCGUUGAUGACUGCCUCGUCUACGAUAAUGACCUGAACACCCACCGAUCUCACGUCCGGGAUGUCCUGCUCUGCGCCCGGGAGAAUGGCAUUACUCUGAGCGCCAAGAAGUUUGUGUUCGGCAUGCCAGCCGUGGAGUUCUGUGGUUACCGCAUCAGUGCUGACGGCUGGACCGUCGAUGAUGCCAAGGUCAAAGCUAUCAGCCAGUUUCCAGCUCCCAGCAACCGCACUGAUCUCCGAUCGUUUAUGGGUCUUAUCAACCAGUGUGGUGAGUUCACCCCGCACCUGUCUGAGCACGCCGCCCCGUUGCGCCCAUUGCUCAAGACGUCCAACGAGUUUGUAUGGGACUCAGUUCACACAGACGCAGUCAACGCUGCCAAGGCUGAGCUGUUGUCACCAUCAACGCUGUCAUUCUUCCAACGUGACCAGCCACUCCGCCUAGAGACCGAUGCAUCUGCUUUGCAUGGCCUUGGCUACGUUCUGUGGCAGUUGCAAGAUGGCAGGUGGCGCAUUCUCCAGUGUGGCAGUCGAUUUCUGUCGGAUCCAGAAUCCCGGUAUGCUGUCAUCGAACUGGAGCUCCUAGCUGUCGUCUGGGCGGUGAAGAAAUGUUCUCUCUACCUCGCCGGUACAUUGUUUGAGCUUGUCACCGACCACCGGCCCCUCACACCAAUCAUCAACUCGUACUCGCUCGAUCAGAUUGAGAAUCCCCGGCUCCAACGCCUGGUCAUGAAGCUUCGUCCAUACCAGCUGCAUGCCACUUGGCGUAAGGGUACUGACAACGCUUUCGCCGACGCGCUGUCCCGCAAUCCAGUGGAUGAUCCUACCCCUGACGAUGAGCUCGGUGAACACCCAGCCCUUCGUACUCCUGCCAUACGCGCUUGCAUUCGGAAAGACACCGAAGGCCAGAUUGCCAAUCUCCGGUUUGCCGAAUUGCAAGAAGCCGCUCGAGCUGACUCGGAUUAUCAGGCACUCCUCACCACCGUCCGGAACGGAUUUCCCGACGACAAACGCGACUUAUGUCCUGCUGCCCAGCCGUAUUGGACAGUCCGUCAUCAUCUUACAGUCGACCAGGACCUGGUACUGAAAGGUCCUCGCAUUGUGGUCCCGCGUUCCCUCAGGCGUAGUGUGCUUGACGACUUGCAUGCUGCUCAUCAAGGUCUCAACCGUACCAAGGCUCGUGCUCGCCAGGUGGUGUAUUGGCCCCAGCUGUCCAACGACAUUGACAAUAUCGUUCGCAGCUGCGCUGAAUGCCGUCACCACGCACCUUCCCAAGUGAAGGAACCGCUGCUGGCAACUGAGGAUCGUUGUCCUGCCCUCCCGUUUGAGAGCACCAGCGCGGAUCUGUUCGAAUGCCAAGGCUACCAGUUCCUGGUAUACGUGGACCGCAAGACCGGCUGGCCCUGUGUUGCCAAGAUAGGACGCACCGCCACCUCCGCUGACGUAGUCCGUGCGUUCCGAGGCUGGUUCGCGGAUCUCGGUGUCCCAGCUGUCCUGACGACUGAUGGUGGUCCGCAGUUUACAGCGCAGCGUUUCUCCGCCUUCUGUCAGCGUUGGCAAGUCCGCCACGUCAGAUCCAGUCCGCAUUACCCACAAUCGAAUGGCCAUGCGGAGGCGGCUGUCAAGGCCAUCAAAUCUCUCGUGUACAAGACCACCACCAACGGAGACAUUAAUGUCGACGCCUUCCGUCGUGGCUUAUUGGAAUGGCGUAACACUCCCCGUAGCUCCGGUCAGAGCCCAGCGCAGGCCCUGUUUGGCCGCCCCCUGUCGUCAUUCGUGCUUGCCCACCGGACCAGUUUUGCCCCAGCGUGGCAAGAAACCGCUGACGAAAUCGACAGUCGUGCCUCUGCCCAGUCUGAAGCAGCCAGUCAGCACUACAACCAGUCUGCCCGUUCUCUGCCUGCCCUCCACCUUGGUUGCCCUGUGGAUCUACAAGAUCCCCGCAGCAAGUUGUGGAACGCCCGCGGUACCAUUGUCGCCACUGGGAGCCACCGCGACUACAUGGUCAAGCUUCCCAGUGGCCGAAUAUACUGGCGAAACCGUCACUUUCUUCGUCCUGUUGUCUUGCCCGUAGCACCUGCACAGCCGAUGCCUGCUACCCCCAUCACUCAGCCUGCCCCUCCAGUCCGGCGCAGUCAGCGAAGCCGCCAAACCCCGUCUAGGCUGAAUAUUUCGAACACUCGUGGCCAAACUUAUGAUUAG